AUGCAUUUCCGCAGCCUCUUCCUUGCUCUCCUCCCCCUCCUGUCCCAAGCUGAGGCGGCCCUCCAGCGUGUCGGGAACUUCGGCGCCAAUCCGACCGGCCUGACCAUGGACAUCUCCGUUCCUCCCAACAUGGCCCCCAAUCCCGCCAUCAUCCUCGCCCUCCACCUUUGCGGUGGCUCCGGCCACGCCUACGCCCAGCAGGCCAACUACAUCGCGGCCUCUGAUCAGAAGCGCAACUUCCUUGUCAUCUACCCGUCUUCCACCAGAGACAACAACUGCUGGGACGUCGCCUCUGCAGCCUCCCUUAAGCACGACGGUGGCGGCGACUCCACAGGUCUAGCCAACAUGGUCCGUUACGCGAUUGCGCGCUAUAACGCUGACCCGAAGCGCGUCUUCGUCACGGGAAGCUCGUCGGGCUGCAUGAUGACUAAUGUGCUUGCUGCCACGUACCCGGACAUCUUCGCCGCGGCGACGUGUUAUUCGGGUGUUGCAGCGGGAUGCGUCGCGGGAUCGCCAGGCUCAAGCCCUACCACCUCCGAUGGCAAGUGUGCUAACGCCCAAGUCAUUAAGUCGGGUACCCAAUGGGCUUCCCAGGUGCGUCAGAUGUAUCCGGGUUACACUGGCAGCUACCCGCGCAUCCAAACGUACCACGGCACGGCGGACGGGCUUGUCAGGCCGCCUAACCUGUACGAGCAGCUCAAGGAGUGGUCCACUAUCCACGGUGUCAGCCCUACUACGAACAUCACGAACUCACCCUCCGCCGGCUACACGCGGAUUAUCUAUGGUGAUGGCACUCAAGUUAUGGGCGUCUCUGCGCAAGGUGUUGGGCAUACUGUACCCGUUCAUGUGAGUGAGGACCUGAAGUGGUUUGGCUUGUGA